AGACAGAGCAUGCGGAGCACUGGCCUGGACCGGCUCAGCACACCGCUCUAAUAAACACAAUGCACUCCCAGGAGGAGGGGUAGCGACCACUGGCAGUCUGGGAUCCUAGAAUGGUCAAUGCCAUCGUCUGCUCUGAAGGCAAUGGGCUGGUGUGCAGGUGAGCCCACAUGACAACCGGAUCCUGAAGGAACCGCCUCGGUCCGCUCUUUUAUGGGAUCCUUGUCACCCGAGCUUAGCCGCAUUUUCACACUUUGAGGAGAGAUGUCCAGAGACAGCAUGACGGCUGUCCGAGGAGCCCAUUCCAGCAGUGCCAGCCCCGGCACGCACAAGGAGAACGGACCCAGCGCGCAGAACCCCGACCAGCCCAGAACCAACUUUCCUGAUCCCUCACCGGGGGACAUCCCCGAGGAGAACCCCCUGUCCUCCACCACAGAGCUGACCCAGACCUGGGCCCACUUCGCCAAAACCUUCGUACUUAUAUUUCCCAUUUACGCCCUGGGCUAUUUUGAGUUCAGCUUCAGCUGGCUGCUGAUCGGACUGGUUGUGUUCUUCUGGUGGAGGAGAAACAGUGUGGGCAAACACAGCAGACUGAGCCGGACACUGGCGUUCUUUGAGCAGGAGGAGAGAGGUGUCAAGAGUCUUACGACCUCAGAUUUACCAUCAUGGGUUCACUUCCCAGAUGUAGAGCGAGUGGAGUGGCUAAACAAGACAGUGAAACAAAUGUGGCCGUACAUCUCCCAGUUUGUGGAGAAACUGUUCCACGAGACCAUUGAGCCAGCUGUGAAGGGGUCGAACGCCCACCUCAGCACUUUCUGCUUCAGCAAAGUUGACUUAGGAGACAAACCCUUGAGGGUCAACGGGGUCAAGGUUUACUCUGAAAAUGUGGACAAGCGACAGAUCAUCAUGGAUCUUCAGAUUAGUUUUGUGGGCAACACUGAGAUUGACGUGGACAUCAAACGCUACUACUGCAAAGCCGGUAUUAAAAGCAUUCAGAUCCACGGUGUGUUGAGGGUAGUGAUGGAGCCGUUGCUGGGUGAUAUGCCUCUUGUCGGAGCUCUGUCUCUGUUCUUCCUCAAGAAACCACUUGUAGACAUAAACUGGACCGGUCUCACCAACAUACUGGACAUUCCUGGGCUCAAUUGCUUCUCUGAAAGUCUGAUUCAAGACAUUAUCUACAGUUAUUUAGUGUUACCCAAUCGCAUCACUGUCCCACUGGUGGGGGAUGUGGAACUGGACCAGCUACGUUUUCCCAUGCCAAAGGGAGUCCUGAGGAUUCACUUUUUGGAGGCGCAGGAUCUCGAAGUGAAGGAUAUAUUUCUGGGAGGGUUAAUCAAGGGCAAGUCUGACCCCUAUGGCAUCCUGCAGGUCGGUAACCAGAUGUUCCACAGCAAAACAAUCAAGGAAAGCCUCGAUCCCAAAUGGAAUGAAGUUUAUGAGGCUUUGGUGUAUGAGCACUCAGGUCAGCAUCUUGAGAUUGAGCUGUUUGACGAGGAUCCAGACAAAGACGAUUUCCUAGGAAGCCUGAUGAUCGAUAUGACUGAGCUGCACAAAAAACAGAAGGUUGACGAGUGGUUUGACUUAGAAGAGGCUCCUACUGGGAAACUCCAUUUAAAACUGGAGUGGCUGUCUCUGCUCAAAACGCCGGAGAAGUUAGACCAGGUGAUGCGAAGUGUACGGGCAGACACAAGCCUGGCCAAUGAUGGGCUGUCGUCAGCACUACUGGUAGUCUAUCUGGACUCAGCAAAGAACCUGCCAAGCAACCUGUCAGAUUUCACCCAUGAUGGGUUGAAGCAAGUCUCAGUCUUUAAGGCCUUGAAGUCUGCAAAGAAGAGCAGCAGUGAACCCAGCCCUUAUGUCCAGUUCACUGUCGGACACAAAACACUUGAGAGUAAGAUUCGCUACAAGACCAAGGAGCCUUUGUGGGAAGACUGUUUCUCAUUCCUUGUUCAUAACCCCAGGAGGCAGGAGCUAGAGGUGGAGGUGAAAGACGACAAGCACAAAUGCACCCUGGGUACUUUGAUGGUGCCUCUGAGCAGCCUGUUGGUGGAGGAGGAUAUGACGCUGACUCAGUGCUUUCCUCUCAGGAACUCUGGGCCCAACUCCAACAUCAAACUGAAGAUGGCCCUGAGGAUCCUGUGCCUGGAGAAGCAGGGAUCCUCAGACCAGCCGUCCUCCGUCCAGGUCAGGAAGUCCAGCGCGACGCAGCCAAACCCUGUGCCCCCCAAGAGACGGUCAGCCUCCGCCUCCCCUCUGCCCGUACCCACGCCUCCGCCGCCUAUGGACGCCUCCACUCUCAGUCUCCACCACAGGGACGGGGAACCCUACUCAGCCAGUCCCCUUCGGAGUAUGUCCAACCUGAGCACCUGUAUGUCCAGCUCCCAGAAACACCUGCCCCAUAAGGAGUCCACACCCAGCCUGGCGUCGGACAUUUCUCUACCUUUUGCCACGUUGGAGCUUCAGCAAAGGCUUCGUCACCUACAGAAUGGUUCGGCCCCCAGCCAGUACCCCCUGGGUGAGAUCCAGCUGACUGUUCGACACAGCUCUCAGAGGAACAAACUCAUCGUGGUGGUUCACUCCUGCCGUAACUUGAUAGCCUUCACCAAAGAUGGCUCAGAUCCCUUCAUCCGCCUCUAUUUGCUGCCUGACAAAAGCCGGACGGGGAGAAGGAAGACGAGCACAAUGAAGAGGACCCUUAACCCUGUUUAUGAUCAAACGUUUGAGUUCAGUGUUUCUAUGGUGGAGCUUCACAGGAGGACGCUGGAUGUAGCAGUGAAAAACGGCGGGAGCCUUCUGUCCAAACACAAAGGGCUUCUGGGAAAGGUGCUGGUAGAUUUAAGUGGAGAAGAUAUAUCAAAAGGGUGGACGCAAUGGUAUGAACUGAGUGAAGAUGGAUUGUCGUCUUUAAGCAUCAGGAGUAUUCAAGACCCUCUCCUCACAUAGUGAUACCCUCCCUCUACUGUAAUAUAGUGACACUGUUAAUUUAAGGGCACAUGAUUUUGUUAUAUUUAUGUUAAUUUUUUCAAGAUUUUCAGCAUGUAACACAUUUCCUAAAGAUCAUUAUUAUAUGAUAACAUGUUGUAACAUACUGUGUUGAAACACACGAAUUGCCUCGUUUCAGUGUUAUGUAAAUAAUCAAAUUGCUCAUAUAUAUUUACAACAGUUUGCAGGGGUUUCAUGGCAUUAUAUUUCCUUAAUGGAAGUUAUAUUUAAAUUAACUCAUUAAAAAUGAUACUACUUUUUGUCCAAUUUGCUAAAAUGUGAAUUUUUUGGGGGGUUAUUUAAGAAAACCCUUACCAAAGGAAGAUACAGUCACAAAAGUGGGUUUUAGGUAGCAGUCUUCAUUUGAUAUUUUUGUCAUGCAGUGUUAUUUGAUUGUUUACCUCUUGUUGUUCUUUAUGCUUGAUUACAAACAUGGAAUGCACAAUAUGCAAAGAUUAAAACAAAUGCUCCGUAUGUUUUUGGAGAUCUGUGCAAUAUUGGUUCGUCUGAGCGUGUCUCAGAUUCUGAAGCCGAGGUGGGCAUUUUAGGGCUAUGGACAAAUGUAUGAUAUGAACAUAAUGGUUUGGCUAAUGUUCAAACAAAAUGUGAGUUGAACAACAUGAGUUAUAGAGAAAAAUGAUUGCAUCUGAGCUUGGCUGUCUGAUUUAUUGUUGAGAUGAAACAGCUAUGUUAUAGGCUUGUACAUGUUCCGCCAUGCUGAUAUAACUGUUUGUUUGAGCUUUUGAAAACUUGUUUUGUUUCUUGUUAUCUAUCCUGUGCCUUAAAAAACUCACUAUGUAAUUUUGCCUUCUUAAUGUUAUAAUUUUGAAUGAUAUGAUGCCUCAUGACUUUUGAAGAAUAAAUGGUUUCUCUUGUGAAAACUAU